UCGUACUACUGAGAAAAAGUAAGAAACUCCAAUCUCAAACAAAACUGAAACCUUAAACAGAAUCAAAAGCCACUCUUCUUUCUCUUCCUCCAUUCUCCAACGCUUCCACCAACAUAAGCACAGUGCCACCUUCAUUGACGGCUUCUCUGUUUGCAAGUUUAGUUGAAUGGCGUAAGUCAUUUGAAUGUGGAUGGAAUGUUAUGGAGUUUAGUUAGAAAACACCAGUGGUAAAGUUGUGAGAAGCUUAAAAAACAUGGCUCCAGCUAGCAAGGCUGAGAAAAAGGCUGCAGUGGAUGCAGCUGCAUGGAUGUUCAACGUUGUUACUUCUGUUGGAGUUAUCAUUGUAAACAAAGCUUUGAUGGCCACUUAUGGCUUCAGUUUUGCUACGACAUUAACAGGUCUACACUUUCUUACUACAACUUUGAUGACAAUCAUACUUAGGAUGCUGGGAUACAUCCAGGCUUCACAUUUACCCUUGCCAGAACUUCUAAAAUUUGUUUUAUUCGCUAACUUCUCUAUUGUUGGAAUGAAUGUUAGUCUAAUGUGGAACUCCGUUGGAUUUUAUCAAAUUGCAAAGUUAAGUAUGAUCCCUAUAUCCUGCCUAUUGGAAGUUGUUCUCGACAAGAUUCGGUAUUCAAGAGAUACUAAACUGAGCAUAUGUGUUGUUCUUUUGGGUGUCGGUGUUUGCACUGUUACUGAUGUGAGUGUUAACACAAGAGGAUUCAUUGCUGCCUUAAUAGCAGUAUGGAGCACUUCUUUGCAACAAUAUUAUGUUCAUUUUCUUCAACGAAAGUAUUCACUAAGUUCUUUCAACCUAUUGGGACAUACAGCACCUGCACAGGCUGCAUCACUACUGUUAUUAGGACCUUUUCUAGAUUAUUGGUUGACAAACAAAAGAGUUGACAGAUAUGAUUACAACACUGGCUCUUUGACGUUCAUAAUUAUGUCAUGCACUAUUGCAGUUGGUACCAACCUCAGCCAAUUUAUUUGCAUUGGGAGAUUCACUGCUGUUUCUUUUCAAGUACUGGGACAUAUGAAGACAAUACUUGUUUUAAUAAUGGGGUUCUUUUUCUUUGGGAAGGAGGGUCUCAAUCUCCAAGUGGUUUUUGGAAUGGUCAUAGCUGUAGUUGGAAUGAUUUGGUAUGGUAAUGCCUCAUCAAAACCUGGUGGAAAGGAACGUAGGAGUCAUUCUCUCCCUACCAACAAAACAGAAACACGAUAGUAUGACAUAGCAUUCACUGAUUUUGGUGUUUUUUUUAAGUGCAAUGGUUUUAUUUUCAAAAGAUGAGCAUAAGAAGAUAGGUGAUUCUAGGGAAAGUGUUUUAAAUUAUUUGAAUGUUAAACCUCAUUGGUUCUAAUUAUUUUUGCAGUCAUUAUGUAAUUCUUAAAAAUUUGAUUUCUUGUUUUGGAUUGUUAGGGCCACUGGAUACUCCCUUACAUAUAGGUGUAGGUU